CAUGUUUUCAAGGACAUUCACAAAAUGAUUAUUACGGAGUAUUUUUUAAAGCAAAAAUAAGUAAGAUAACUUUGGGCCUCACGGUUAAUAACUACGGAGUGCUAUUAUAACUACCCAUUGGAAGAUAAUUUACCGCCAAAACGACAAUGCUUUCUUCCCCAUUGCUGCACAGUUCCUCUUCAUCUCUCCUGAUUCGCCAUAGAUCCCAGCAUCUCGACCUUCUUCAUCAAAGCACUGGUUUUCAGUUCCAGAGCCCCAAUUCCUCUCCGCUUUCCGGGUUUCGCACGAACUUCCUCGGAUCCCUCGUUUCAAAAUCAGCUCUUUCUUCGUCUUCUGCUCCUUUCUUGCUCGGAGAUGAUUUCGAGGUCGAGCUUGGGCGGUUGCUGUCUCUCUUGCCGGAAGCGAUGCGCCGGAGAGUCGGGGAGCACGCGGAGCUCAACCACUUGAUCGAGGUCGUCAUGGACUUGGGCCGCAAGCCCCUGGCACGUUUCCCCUCCGGCGACUUCGUGUUGUCAGAUCAACCAAUUACCGUGCAGGAUCUUGAGCAUGCCACCUCUCAGGUUGGUGAUUUUUCCAUUGAUAACAGAGCUGGAAUCAGCCGAACCUUGCACAGGAUUAGUGCCAUUAGGAAUCGUAAAGGUAAGAUUAUUGGUUUGACCUGCCGUGUGGGACGAGCUGUAUCAGGAAGUGCCAACUCUUUACAAGAUUUAGUUAAGGCUGGAGCUUCGAUGUUGCUAAUUGGACCUCCAGGAGUAGGAAAAACUACGAUUAUCAGAUCCGCCUUAUGUCAGGGGAGUCACAAAUCAGGAUCUAGGGGGAGGUGGAGUCAAUAUGGGAUAAAACCAUUAGCUAUGUGCCCAAUGCUUCUGUUGUCUUCCACUUGACUGGCUAAUAUGGAGUAAUAAUUUCCGAAGGGAUAUAGCUAGGAUGCUUGCAAAUGAUUAUGGGAAACGUGUCAUGAUUGUUGAUACUUCAAAUGAAAUUGGUGGGGAUGGAGAUAUACCUCAUGCAGGAAUAGGCAAUGCACGACGCAUGCAAGUUCCACACGCUGACAUGCAACACAAGGUGUUGAUAGAAGCAGUUGAGAAUCAUAUGCCGCAAGUGAUUGUAAUAGAUGAAAUUGGUACUAAGCUAGAGGCAAUGGCAGCAAGUACAAUAUCACAACGCGGUAUUCAGUUAGUUGCCACUGCUCAUGGUGGAACAAUAGAGAAUUUAGUGAUGAAUCCAGAUCUAGAGAUGCUGGUCGGAGGUGUACAGAGUGUUACACUGGGUGAUGAAGAAGCAAUUCGUCGGGGUGUUCAAAAGUCUGUACUGGAAAGGAAAGGACCGUCGGUUUUUAGCUGUGGUGUUGAGAUGAUUUCCAUGACAGAGUUGCGAGUUCACCAUAACUUAGAAGCCACAGUGGACAUUAUUCUUUCAGGCCGCCAUCCCAGCUUUGAACUCCACAGAAUAAAUCCAAGAUCACAAGAGGAAGUGAGGGGAAAGGUGACCGUCCAGGAAUCUACAGACAGUAGAAGUGAAGACGCCAUUGUUCGCACAUCAUGGUUGAACAGUGAUUUUAAUCCGGAAAUGGAUCCAAGUGCGGAAGGGAAUUGUGGUAAAAAUGAGGAGUCCCUUUGCCUAUUUCUAUAUGGGGUAAGAUACUAUCUGUUACUCAGUUCCUUUUCUUUACUGCAAAUACAGUUAAUCCUCUAAGGGUCCAUUUAGAUCCCAUAUAACUUUAGGGAAAGAAAACAUGUAGGAACAUUGGAAGGAAAACAAAUCUGGAGGGAAGAGAUUGCAUCAAACUCAAGCAAUAUAUUUGUCCAAACUCAUUCUAUUUAAAAUUUUUACUGCACUCACCAAACACCAAACAACAACCCAGUAUAAUCCCAACUCCGUUGUGGUCUGAGGGUUAUGAUUUACACAAUCUUAUUCCUGUACAAACAGAGAGGUUGUUUCCAUUAGACCCUAGAUGCAUUGUUGCAUUUACUGCCCAAACUUCACAAAAAGUAAGAGACAUGGGAUGCUUAAUGUUCCAUUUUAUUUUAGUCCAUUGUGUGCUCGAAACUAAAAUAUUAGCAACAAU